AAUUGUCGUAAAUGAAGUCAAUUUUGUGAGAAAAUGCAUCGCAUCGGACACAAGUCAGUACGAUUUGUGGGGAAAACUGAUAUGCAGUAACUUCAAAAUUUCCUUUAUUACGGAUAAUCCAAUGCCAUUACAGAAAUUCCAUUAUAGAAACCUUCUUCUUGGUGAACAUGAUGUCCCCUUAACAUGUAUUGAGCAAAUAGUCACAGUAAAUGACCACAAAAGGAAGCAGAAAGUCCUGGGCCCAAACCAGAAGCUGAAAUUUAAUCCAACAGAGUUAAUUAUUUACUGUAAAGAUUUCAGAAUUGUGAGAUUUCGCUUUGAUGAAUCAGGUCCUGAAAGUGCCAAAAAGGUAUGCCUUGCAAUAGCUCAUUAUUCCCAGCCAACAGACCUCCAGCUACUCUUUGCAUUUGAAUAUGUUGGGAAAAUAUACCACAAUUCAGCCAGCAAAGCUAAUGGAAUACCCUCAGGAGGUGGAGGCGACAGUGGCAUUGGAGCUGGGGGUGGCAGCAGCCAAAAAACUCCGCUGUUUGAAACUUACUCAGACUGGGACAGAGAAGUCAAGAGGACAGGUGCCUCCGGGUGGAGAGUUUGUUCCAUUAACGAGGGCUACAUGAUAUCCACCUGCCUUCCAGAGUACUUUGUAGUGCCAAGUUCUUUAGCAGACCAAGAUCUAAAGAUCUUCUCCCAUUCUUUUGUUGGAAGAAGGAUGCCAUUCUGGUGCUGGAGCCAUUCGAACGGCAGUGCUCUUGUGCGCACGGCCCUCAUAAAAGACGUGCUGCAGCAGAGGAAGAUCGACCAGAGGAUUUGUAAUGCCAUAACUAAAAGUCAUCCACAGAGAAGUGAUGUCUACAAAUCAGAUUUGGACAAGACCUUGCCCAAUAUCCAAGAAAUACAGGCGGCUUUUGUAAAACUUAAGCAACUGUGUGUUAAUGAACCAUUUGAAGAAACUGAAGAGAAAUGGCUGUCUUCACUGGAAAAUACACGGUGGUUAGAAUAUGUAAGGGCAUUCCUUAAACAUUCAGCAGAACUUGUGUAUAUGCUGGAAAGCAAGCGUCUGUCUGUAGUCUUACAAGAGGAGGAGGGAAGAGACUUGAGCUGUAUUGUAGCUUCUCUUGUUCAAGUGAUGCUGGAUCCCUAUUUUAGGACAAUCACUGGAUUUCAGAGUCUGAUACAGAAAGAGUGGGUCAUGGCAGGAUAUCCAUUCCUGGACAGAUGCAGCCACUUAAAGAGAUCAGAGAAAGAGGCUCCCGUGUUCCUGCUGUUCCUGGACGCCACGUGGCAGCUGCAGGAGCAGUGCCCGGCGGCUUUCGAGUUCUCCGAGACCUACCUGGCAGUGCUGCACGACAGCACCCGCGUGGCCCUGUUCGGCACCUUCCUCUUCAACUCCCCGCACCAGCGCGUGCAGCAGAGCACGGAAUUCGCUAUAAGCAAAAAUAUCCAAUUGGGUGAUGAAAAGGGUUUAAAAUUCCCCUCAGUUUGGGACUGGUCUCUUCAGUUUACAGCAAAGGAUCGCACCCUUUUCCACAACCCCUUUUACAUUGGAAAGAGCACACCUUGUGUACAAAACGGUUCUGUGAAGUCUUUUAAACGGACAAAGAAAAGCUACAGCUCCACACUAAGAGGAAUGCCAGCUUCCUUAAAGAAUGGAAUCAUCAGUGACCAAGAGUUACUUCCCAGGAGAAAUUCAUUAAUAUUAAAAGUAAAGCCAGACCCCCCUGAGCAGAGCGACAGCCAGGACAGGGGUGCGGAGCAGUACUUCCGAGAGUGGUUCUCCAAGCCGGCCGACCUGCACGGGGUGAUUCUGCCGCUUCUCUCCGGAAUGCACAUCAAACUGUGGAAACUCUGCUACUUCCGCUGGGUCCCCGAGGCCCAGAUCCAGCGCGGGGGCUUCAUCACGGCCUUCCACAAGGUCUCCCUGCUGGCGGACGAGGUGGACGUGCUGAGCAGGGCGCUGCGGCAGCCCCAGGGCAGCCCCCCGGAAGCCCCCUACCCCGAGCUGGUCCAGAGCAGGCUGUACUUCCACGCUGGCGACCCGCACGACGCCCCGGGGACGCCGGACUUCCUCUCCUCCUCAUUCCCCUUUUCGCCAGUGGGCAAUCUGUGCAGACGGAGCAUUUCAGGGACACCGCUAGGCAAGUUUUUAAGUGGGGCCAAAAUAUGGUUAUCUACUGAGACGCUAGCAAAUGAAGACUGAGGUGGAGUGGCUUUCUGAACGUCCUGAGGGAGCGAGAGACCUUCUCCUCUGAAGUAAAACUGCUGGCUGAGGCGUUUGAAGCUCUAAUCGUUCUAUACGUAAGAAUAACAGUUGAAAUUUGCACUAAUAAUUUAAAACAUGUUGAAUUAUGCUUCCUUCACAAUAUUUUUAAAAGAUAGUCAUAACUUUUGUUAUUUAUGUCCUCUUUCUAUCAUUCUAGGUCUGGCUCAUUUUUAGAUCAUUUGCAGGCAGACAUUCCCAUGAUCU